GAUAUUUAUUAUUCGUUAAUUGUUAUAUAUUUUGUUAUUGUUUUUGUUAAUAUUUAAAUAUGCACGAGACUAGUGAAAGUGAAGACGAUACACAUUAUGCAGGUACUUCAAAGACAAAAAAAAAGAAKCAAACCCAUWGAGCUCAAAAAUUUAGAGAUGAGUGGUUAAAUAUCUCAGAAUUAAAAACAUGGUUGCUUCCAGUUGAAAAUGAUCCUUUUAAAGCCAAAUGUAAAGUAUGUAAUAUUAUAAUGGUUGGUGAAUUGACAAACAUAAAAAUGCACGGUAAAGGUAUAAAGCAUUUGCAAAAUUGCAAACAAUCGAAGAGACCUAUUUCAACGUUCUUCAAAACAGCACCAACCAAUUUGAAUUCUGAUGUUUCUAAAGCAGAAAUUAAACUGUCCGCUUUCAUAGCAGAACAUAAUGUUUCAUUUAUGGCAAUGGAUCAUUUGUCUGAUCUUCUUAAAGAUAUAUUUCCAGAUUCUAAAAUUGCAAAAGAAAUAAAUCUUAAAAGAACAAAAACCACAGCAAUUAUAAAGAACGUAAUUGGAGCUUCACAUAAAGAUGAUCUAGCUAAACAAUUGAUGAAAAGUAAAUUUAGCAUUCUAACYGAUGAAUCCACAGACAUCGGUACAGUGAAAACAUCUUGUGUGGUAGUGAGAUUUUAUGACGAAGCAACAAAACACGUGGAGUCAAAAUUUUGGGAAUUGCAUGAUGUGUUUGAUAUCCCAAUUGACAAACAACCAGCAGCGACAGCUGAACAUUUAUUUAAUUGCCUGAUAGAAACAUUGAAUCGUUAUAGGAUUCCACUACACAAUAUAAUCGGYUUCGGCUCCGAUGGUUGCAAUGUAAUGAUGGGCUCUAAGAAUUCAGUGGCAACUAGAUUUCGUCAGAUGUGUCCAGGUAUUUUUGUACUAAAAUGUAUAUGCCAUAGUGCACAUUUAUGUGCAUYAGAAGCAUGUAAAAAAAUACCAAGAUCAUGUGAGGAUAUGGCUCGGAAUAUCUUUAACUUUUUACACAGCAGUGCUAAACGGCAAAGUAGUUUGAAACAGUUCCAAUUGUUCAUGGAUCUUWAACCAAAAAAAAWUCUACACCCUUCACAGACAAGAUGGCUUUCCUUAGAAGCUGUAGUGAAUAGAAUUUUGGAACAAUGGGAAGCCUUGAGGCUGUAUUUCAAUGAUACAUAUUUAGACCAAAAACUCCUUUCGACAGAACAGAUUUAUAAUUCUUUAAAUGAUAGAUUCAUAAAAUUGUAUUUCUUAUUUUUAUCAUGGAUACUACCCAAAUUCAAUGAGUUUAAUAAAUAUUUCCAAUCUCAAAAAGUUGUCAUUAAUGAUCUGCAUGAUAAAAUUCGAAUUUUAUAUCAAGAAAUCUUACUAUCGUUUUUAAAAAGAAACUAUGUAGUGCAAAAUGAUCUCAGUAGUGUGAGACCUGACAAUGGUGAACACCAUCUUCCUGAUAAUCAGUUAUAUUUAGGUGCUCAGGUUCUCAAAUGCAUAAAUGUACCUGAAUUAGCAAACAAGAAUGAAGAGAAAAAACACUUUUUCAAGAGUUGUAGACAUUUUUUGCAAACCGCUGCUUUAGAGCUAAAGAAACGUUAUAACAUGGACGAUCCAGUGUUGAGUAAGCUGUCAUCAUUGAGUGCAAAAAAUGCCCUAUCCAUUGAGUACCAUGAUUUGCACCCAACUCUUGUUYCAUUAAUAUCAUUGAUGACAAGAAUAGUGCCAGAAAACAAUGUAGAAUUAAUUCAAAAAAUAGAUGACCAGUGGCGUAGUCUUCCAUUAAAAAUGAUGCACAUGCCUGACUCCAUUACUGAUUUACAAUAUGCCAAUGGAUCACCUGAUAUAUUUUGGUAA